GUUAAUACAAGUUUAGUGCAACAUUUUCUCUAAAAUGAGUCGUUUCGGUGUAGAAUCGCUACAAAAUAUACAAGAAAAAACUAAGGAAAAUGUGCCGUUAAACACCAUUAAAACGAAAAACAUGGUUUGGAAACAGUUUUCUUCCUUUUGCGCCGACAGGAAUUAUGAAUUAAUGGAAACCACUUCAAAUGAACAACUUGCUGACACAGAUUGGGCUUUCAACAUGCGAAAAUCGAACGGAGAAAAUUAUAAAGAAAAUGUGGUGAAAACUAUGUGGAACCAGACUGCAAAAAUGAUACAAGACAAGUACUUCAACGAAUUCAACAGAGAGAGCUAUGAUGAACGUCUGGAACGAAAAUACACCAGAGGGAUUGCAACGAAAAUUAUUUAUUAUCAUUUCCGUGGAAUUGGCUUGGAGGGGUAAUGAAGGACUAACGACACUCGUGCAUCACUUUAAGGAGGAAUUGGGAAACGAUGGUAUUUAUACUGGUAGAAUUGAAUACAAUCCUGUGUUCACAAAGACAACACAAGGUGGAGAACGGAAGUGCGCAAAUAGUAAAAAUAUAAAGACGGACCGUUUAUUUUUAACUGUAAACCCCAAUUGGAGAGAUUUGCAAGGUGUUGGCUGGUACAAAGACGUUCCUGUAGGAAAAAAUGUUAUGGGAAAAUGGAUGAACGAUUCUGCAAAACGCGCUGGGCUUAACACUACCGACAAGAAAAUAACGAACCACUCGAGCAGGGCCACUGCUGUAUCCACACUUGCAAAAUCUGGAGUUGAAGAGCAGCAAAUUAUUAAAAUCACCGGGCACUCCAAUGCCAAUUCAAUAAAACCAUACUUGCAGCUAGAUAAGUAG